AUGGCACAUGGCAACAACAAAAAGGUUAUAUAUUAUACAAGUCAGUCACUCUUUAAACAAAAAGCAGCAGUAGCAGCAUUGGUCAACUAA